UUUUAAACGUUUCUAACACGUCCAUGGUGCGUCAAGAGCUGUUCACCCACUUGUUACGUGGGUCAACAAAGUCAUAAACCAGACCGCACAGUCCUCUCUCUCCGCUGAAGAGCUCUUCUUCUUCUCCACCCAUGGAUUCCCAAUCUGAAAACCCUAACAAUAAUAUCAUAGUUUCUUCUUCACUACCCUGUACGUUGAAUGGCGACCCUGAUAUCUAUGAAACUGAUGAUGAAGGAGAUCCUAUUCCAGAGGAAACUCCGGUUACAGAUGAUAAUUGUGAAACUAUCCCGGAUUUGGAUUCUAAUGAUAAUGAGAAUACCGCAGAAGUUGUUGAAAAACGGUUUUGUGAUUCUGAUGAGUUAGUAGAGCCAAAGGUUGGCAUGAUUUUUGACACUGCAAAAGAAGCAUUUGAUUACUAUAACGAAUAUGCAAGAAAGAUUGGUUUUCGGGUGAGAAUAUUGAGGACAAACAUGAACAGAAGUAAGCGUGAUAAGAUUCAUCGACAAGUGCUAGUUUGUUCAUGUGAAGGAACAUAUAGGAUGGUAAGGAAACCUAGAAAAAGAAGAGAAAGCAAGCGGUUUGAAUGCAUGGCAGUCUUUGAAAUCAAACUAAUGAGUGGUGACAAGUAUGCUUUGAUUAGGUUCAAAGCUGAGCAUACACAUGAACUUAUCCCGCCUAAAUUUUCUAGUUACCUAAAGACGCCAAAGAGAAUCGAGUCUGCCCAUAUAGCACAUGUUGACAGUAGCCCUCCUCGUGGAAUAAAAGCAGCGGAUGUUUUCUCUUACAUUCCUGAAGAAGUCAGCUUAUCUGAUCCCAACACAAAGUCCGGAUUUUUCAAGAGGGGUGAUGCUCAUUUUCUCCUCGAAUAUUUCAGGAAAAAGAAGCAAGAAAAUAAACAUUUUUUCUACUCCUUUCGCACUAAUGGAGAUGGCAAUAUAUGUGGUGUGUUUUUUUGUGAUGCAAAGUCAAGAAGAGACUAUGGAUUAUUUGGUGAUGCAGUAUCUUUUGACACAACAUUCAAAACAAACAAUUACGAUAUGAUAUGUGCACCAGUUAUUGGUAUAAAUAAUCAUGGGCAACCUAUGCUUUUUGGAUGUGGUUUGUUAGACGUUGAAACAACGGAUUCUGUGGUGUGGUUAUUUACUACUUUCUUGGAGGCUAUGGGAGGCAAGAAGCCCAUAAGUGUAUUUACGGAUCAAUCUGCAUUCAUUUCAAAUGCCGUUAGUGUUGUAUUUCCAGAAGCUCAACAUGGAUUGUGUUUAUGGCAUAUACUUCAAAAUGCUUCGAAGCACUUGACGAAAGUAUUCAAAGCGUUUAAAUCAUUCUCCGUUCAGUUUAGAGCUUGCAUAUAUGAUCCAGAAACAAUUGAGGAAUUUGAAGAAAGUUGGAGCAAGUUGCUUGAUGAGUAUGGGCUUAGAGGUAUAGAGUGGCUUCAAGGCUUGUAUGAUUUGCGACAAAUGUGGGCUCAAGUUUAUAGUUCUGGUCAUUUUUGUGCUGGCAUGACUGCAACAGAAAGAAGCGAAAACAUCAGCAAGUUUUUGAAAGCUUAUUUUAGCACGGGUAGCAUUCUUCUUCGGGAGUUCGUAGAUCAAUACUCUAAAGCCAUGGUUGAUCGGUAUGAAAAGGAAAAAGAAGCAGAAAAAAAGACACACCAAACAGCACCAAAUUUGAUCUCUGCAUGGUCUGUAGAACGUGAAGCAUCAAAUUUAUACACUAGAGAGAUGUUCUAUGGUUUUCAAGAAGGGCUUCAACAAACUAUUGAUUUACUGUUAGAGUUGGUGUCAGACGACGGAGUGAUUCGUACCUAUAGAGCAACUGAGAUGGAAGGUCAGAAAAAGAUUCGCACACUAACAUAUAACCAAGCUGAACAAUCCGUCUAUUGCUCUUGUAGGAAAUUUGAAUUUAAUGGAAUCCUCUGCUCUCAUGCAUUAAAGUUGUUCCGCGACUUGCGAUUUAAAAAUCUACCUCCUAAAUAUUAUUUGAAGAGAUGGACACGUAAAGCUACAGAAGAAGAUGUUUUUGACCCUUCUGGGGAGUUAAUCCCGAAUGAUAAUGAUCCAUCAUCAACCGCUCGUCACAAUGCGCUGUUACAAAUUUCACAAAGAAUUGUCACGAAGGGUUCGAAGUCAGAAGAAGUGUUUUCUCUCACUAAUGCGUUACUGUUGGAAUUAGAAGCGAAGAUGGAGGGACGUAAUACUAGGGAGGAAUCAAGGCCCACAGCUAAGAAAACUACAAUAGACACUAAUCAGAAUCAGGUAUCCUACUUGGCACCAACUCAGAUCAUUAGGGGAGGAAGAACGUCCGCAGUUCAGAAAACUACAACUGACACUAAUCAGAACCAGGAGGCAUCCAGAUUGCUGCAAGUGCAACAGCCACAGCCGAAUUAUAGCCAAACUGGUUGGCAGUGGAUGAACCAGCGAGUAGUUCAUCCCCAAGGGGUUCAUCCUCGAGACAUUCUUCCACCAUAUAAUUCAGUGCCCUCUCAGCAGCGAAGGCCAUAUCUUCAAAAUAGCUUGUUCGCACCACAGCAGGAAUCUCCAUCGCAAAUAGAACCCCGAGAAAUGCCUGGCUAACAAUUUUGAAAAAGCAGAUUGUGCCUGCCAUAUUUCAAGAAAUAUAUGUCGCUGACUUCCAAUGUCUUUUGAAGGACGGCAUGCUAAUAGAUGUAUAUGGAGUUCGAGCCUAAACGGAAUCAGUUUGACUGGUAGGCUUCAGUACCUGGUAAAUGGUUAGAAUGAAUAGACUACAUGAAAUUUGGUUGUUGAAUCAUAUUUCAUGCUUUAUUUAGUAGACUUGCAGAAUGUUGGUGUAACACAGUACUUCCUUUUUUAGUCCACGUCUUUAUUAUGUAAUCAUAAGCUCGAAAAUGUAUAAUGGGUAACUCAAAGUCUCCUUUGGUGUAUUCCAGGAGGUGUGUCUGUGUUGCUCAGUCAAAUGCAACUAGGUGAAUAUCUACUUAGCAAAAUGGUUGUAAUUCCUAGAAGUUUGUAUUUGUUUAUAGAUCUGAUUCGAAAUCAACAUGUUGAAAGCACUGGGUAAGUUAGUUUGUA